AUGGUUUGCUGGGGCCCAUCCUGUGCCGUCCCAUCCUGGGCUUCCACCCCCACUGUUGGAUUUGGAUCUGCAGGAGGUCUUGGCUAUGGUGGUCUCGGCUAUGGAUUGGGAGGUCUCGGCUAUGGAUUUGGAGGAUUCGGCCAUGGAUAUGGUGGUCUCAGCUAUGGAUAUGGAGGUGCUGAAAGAGCAGCCAACCUUGGAGUCCUGUCAGGAGUUGUCCCAUCAUGCAUCAACCAGAUCCCACCAGCAGAGGUCGUGAUCCAGCCACCUGCCUGUGUCGUAACCAUCCCAGGGCCCAUCCUCUCUGCCAGCUGUGAGCCUGUGGCUGUUGGAGGCAACACUCCAUGUGCCGUUGGUGGCUCCGGGAUCGUAGGAGGCUAUGGCUAUGGUGGGUGGGGCUAUGGGUCUGGCCUCCUUGGAAGCUCUGGGGGCUGGGGCUAUGGUUUGGGCUACGGGAAGGGAGCACUCCUUGGAAGAAGGUUUGGGCGUCGUGGUAGCAUCUGUUCAUAGGGCAAUUACACCUGAGAAGCAUAUUAUGAACUGAUAAUCAGAGAGCUUGAUACAGAUCCAUUGGGUGUGGUUCAAAAGAGCUAAAUCCAAGGAAUAACUGCUGAAGUUGAA